AUGCGUUUUCCGCUUUUUGUCUUCGUCCAACUGCUUAUCGCCAUGCUUUCAUCCUGCUAUGCUGGUCAACACAAAAGAGAAGAAACAAUGGCAGGAGAAAUCAUGAAUGCCAGUAACCCUGAAAAUAUGGAGAAAGCUUGGAAAGCUGCUAAGACCCUCAACGAAGAUGCAGCCAAUGCUGAAGGAAACCUCAUGAUUCCUAUCAAGAUUCUGAAAGCCCAGUCUCAAGUAGUAGCCGGAUUAAAAAACCUCUUCGAAGUGCUUUAUGGCGAAUCCACCUGCAAGAGGAGAGAAGUCGAUCCAUCCCUCGUCACUGCAGCCAACUGUCAGCUGAAGGAAAACGGGAAUAGGGCUGAGAAAGCUGGGGAGAAUUUCGAGCUAUACACUGUAAUGAAAAUUCGCGAUGUUGCUGCAGGGGAACAGCUCUAA